AUGGCUUUCCUAGGAACGGUCACAUUUGAAAUUGGCCUGAAUUUCUUUGCCUCGCCGCAGAGCUACGAAAACUUGAGCAGCGUAACAAUCGUCGAUAUGGAUACCCUACAGAACGCAUUGUCUGUCUUGGGAAUACAGGAGGAAGCCCUCCAGCAUCUAAUUGGGCGAAUGGCCAAGGGCUCAGCCGAGCCUGUAGUGGAUGAUAUCAGAAUUAUAGAAAAGCUCGAGUCCCUCUUGCUCAUAAAAGAACUGGAGAAAGAGAAACGUCAAGCACUUGCGGACCUGGAGCUUAGUAUACGGAAGCUGUCGGCCUAUGAGCAGUUCAGGAGACGCCAUAUCCAGUCUCUCGAACAGCAGGUGACUGAAGAUCAUCAGCCUCAAGAAUGGAAGAACAUUGCUCAAUUGCAAAGCCAAAUUGACCGGGAAUGCGUUGAAAGAGCUGAGGCACAGCAGAGGAUAGAAAGUGAGCAGCGGCUGUUCGAAGCAGAAGACUAG